UUGUGUCCCGCUGUGUCAGAUUCUGCAGACCACAGGAAACUGGCACAAAGCAGAACUCCAUGGAUUAGAUGGGUUUGUUCCCAAAAACUUCAUCAACAUUCACCUGCCCAGCUGGUACCAGGAGGACUACAGUCGCAGUGAUGCCGAGGAGAAGCUGAUGCCACAGCCCGUGGGGGCCUUCUUCAUACGGGGUAGCCGAAACGUAACUCAGAGUUACUUCUCCAUCUCUGUCAGACAUGCAGAAGGUGUGCAGCACUUCAAGGUGCUGCGGGACAGCAGAGGGCAGUAUUACCUGUGGUCAAAAAAGUUCCCUUCUCUCAAUCAACUGGUGGAAUAUUACAAAGACACCUCUAUCUCCAAAGAGGGUCCCGUGUUGCUACAUGAGAUGGAGCAACAGCAACGAAGACGCUCAGACAGUUUACCGCCUCUUCCCGCUUCUCCAAUCUCUGAAUGCCCACCUACACCUGCACCACGACAGCACAAAGCCUCCUCCAAUGUGCAGGUCAGAGCUCUGUACAGUUUCAACGCUAAAGAGAAGGACGAGUUGGAGUUUAACGCCGGUGAUAUCAUCGAGGUCCUGGAGAGCUCUGACCCAGCUUGGUGGAAAGGCCUACUGAUGGGCAAAACAGGCCUGUUCCCAUCCAACUACACCCGACCCAUCUGAGAGGAACACAUGCAAACACACGCAAUAUUGCACUAACUCUUUAUCCAAAUGCCCAAUGCUAAUAACUGUAACCUCAACCCUAACUUACAGUAAGUAAAAAGCCUGAAACUAGCAGCAGAAGCCUCAGUGUUGUGACAGAGAGUUAGCUGUCAAGAAUAAAAAUGAAGACUAACUUGUUCAUUAUGUCACAUACACACACACACACACACAUUCUGUUUCUGUCCUGUACAAUUGGAUGUAUAGGAGAUAUAAUAGGAGGACUGUUUGGCUGUUUUUAGGUCUUCUUAAAGAAUCAUUAAGGUUUACAUAUUGUAGUAAUCCUCAACAUGAUAACUUUAGUUUAAGAUGGAUGUUGAUAUCAACUAUUACACAUUUAUUUUUAAAUUGUUGUAUUUGAACAGUAAAAACAGUGAUGAACAAUUGCAUUGAGAGUUGACUGUAGAUUUUAAAAAUGGUCAACACAUUAUCUUGACUUGUCCUUUACAGUGGUGGAAUGUAAAUCUACUCAAGCCCUGUACUUAAGCACAGCAUAAAGUAA